GAAGAGGCCUGGAGGAGAUUGUAAAAGCACAAGUGGAGGAUCCAGACAUGCCCAGAGGCCUCAGCUGCUUAGCAAGCCCUGAGGGGGCAAAUGGCAGGUAUGAGACACCCCCGGCUUCAGAGCUCCAGAGGCUGAUGUGGACAAAGAAAGGGUCCAGCAACCAUCUGGAUGAAGUCCAUCCCAGGAUCUAUAUAGGAGACAUGUAUGCAGCCAAAGACAAGAGGACACUCCAGGCUCACCACAUCACCCAUGUACUUAACGCCGCUGAUGGGAAGUUCAAUGUCAACACAGGGCCCAGCUUCUACCGAGACACAAAAAUCACUUAUCAUGGAGUGGAAGCUUUUGACAUGCCAUCCUUUAACUUGAGUCCCUUCUUUUACCCAGCGGCCAAUUUCAUCAAGAAUGCUUUGAGCUCGCCCACAGGUAAAAUGUUCGUCCACUGUGCAAUGGGUCUCAGUCGCUCAUCCAGUUUGGUCCUGGCCUACCUAAUGAUCCACGAGAACAUGACGCUAGUGGAUGCCCUUAAAGCUGUUAGUCCCAACAGGAACAUCUGUCCUAACUCGGGGUUCCUGGAGCAGCUCAGAGAGCUGGACAAACAGCUGCACUACCAGGGAUCAUCGACAAGCACCAACCUUAAUGGACGGAUUUGAACUGAAAACAAUCAGUCUAUAAAUUUGGAUUUGCUGCUUUCUAUGAGUAUCUGAGUUUGAAGUAGAUAUCACAAAAACAAAAUAUAUGUAAAAACAUUUUUUAAUUGUCUUUUCUUUGUAAGAUA